UUUUUUUCCGGGGGGGGCAGAACAGUCCUGACACCUGAGGACUUGGGUAGUAGUCUCUCAGGAAAGGUUGUUCUUUCCCUGAUCAGGGAGUGUUACUUCCAUUUCCUAUAAAUUUUGUAAAUUUCUGUUUUUGAGGAUAGAUAUCUAAGCUUAGAUUUAGAUCUGAUCUUUUAUUUUUUGAACGGAAAAUUUCAAAAUUCAGUCUGAGAUGUAUGAAUUUCAUCACUUGCAGAGUUUUUGUCAUCACUGUAAUCAUCACUUUUUUUUAUUCAUGGGUGAUAACUUGAAGAAGGAAGAUCUCUCCACCAUCAAUUUCCUGUAACUUUUCCACGGAGAUUUUGUUUUUAGGAAAAACCCUUUUCUGGGUGGAGUUCUACGAAGGGGAUUGAGAAGAAUUUUAGGUUUUGGGUCUGUGAAUCAUUUUUUCUAUACGGAGAUUCUUAAGUCUUUUUGGCAGAUAUAGGCGGAGCUGUGGCUAGAUUGGAUGAUUUUCUUUUCAAGAUUUAAUUUGUAUAUAAGCUUGUUGAAUCGAGGCUUGGGAGGUUCCAGGCACCAGCUGUUGUAACUUGGUCUCCUUCACUUUUUCUUGUUUACCUGUUUUGGAGCUAUCGGUUUUCUUCCUUCAUCUUUGGGUGUUGAAGGAUGACUUAUUUCCCUGAAGAGGUUGUGGAUCAUGUGUUCAAUUUCCUCACGUCACACCGAGACAGGAAUGCGGUGUCUCUUGUCUGCAAGUGUUGGUAUAAGUUGGAGAGAUGGAGCAGACAAAGGGUUUUUGUAGGGAAUUGUUACGCCAUUAGUCCAGAGAGAUUAAUUGCGAGGUUUCCCAGGAUUAAGGCUCUUACGUUAAAAGGGAAGCCGCAUUUUGCCGAUUUCAGUCUAGUUCCUCAUGAUUGGGGUGGUUUCGUGCAUCCAUGGAUCGAGGCCAUGGCUAAGAGCUAUCCUGGGCUAGAGGAACUCAGGCUUAAGAGGAUGGUGGUCUUCGAUGAGAGCCUCGAGUUGCUUUCUCGUUCGUUUCCGAACUUCAAGUCUCUGGUUCUGGUUAGCUGUGAAGGAUUUACUACAGAUGGCCUUGCAUCUAUAGCUGCCAAUUGUAGGGUUCUUAGGGAGUUGGACUUGCAAGAAAUUGAGGUUGAGGAUCGCAGGGGACACUGGCUGAGCUGUUUUCCCGAUAGCUGCACGUCACUGGAAUCACUGAAUUUUUCAUGUCUUCAAGGAGAAGUGAAUUUGGGUGCUCUUGAGAGGCUUGUUGCGAGAAGUCCAAACCUCAAGAGUCUGAAGUUAAACCGGACAGUGCCACUUGGAACUCUCUACAAAAUCCUCAUGCGUGCACCUCAACUGGUGGACUUAGGCACAGGGUCUUGUGUUCAUGAGCCUUAUGCAGGGCACUACGUGAGGCUUAUGAAUGCUGUUCUCAAUUGUAAAUCAAUUAGGUGCUUGUCUGGGUUCUUGGAGGUUGCUCCUUGCUGCCUGCGUGCAAUUUACCCCCUUUGCUUGAACUUGACAUCCUUGAACUUGAGCUAUGCACCGGGUAUUCAGGGUAGUGAACUCAUGAAGUUGAUUCACCAUUGCAGGAAACUUCAACGAUUAUGGAUAUUGGAUUGUAUUGGAGAUGAAGGGCUAGUCGUUGUAGCUUCUACUUGUAAAGAACUGCAGGAACUGAGGGUGUUCCCAUCUGAUCCCGCUGGUGGGGGAAAUGCAGCUGUAACUGAAGAAGGACUCGUUGCCGUAUCUAUGGGUUGCCCUAAACUUCAUUCUUUGUUAUAUUUUUGCCACCAGAUGACAAAUGCAGCCCUCAUUACAGUAGCGAAGAACUGUCCCAAUUUCACCCGCUUCAGAUUGUGUAUCCUUGAUCCAAAGAAGCCUGAUCAUUUGACCCUGCAGCCGCUGGAUGAAGGAUUCGGGGCAAUUGUUCAGUCCUGCAAGGGCCUAAGGCGGUUGUCACUUUCUGGCCUUCUUACGGAUCAGGUUUUUCUUUACAUCGGAAUGUAUGCUGAGCGAUUAGAGAUGCUAUCAAUUGCAUUUGCUGGGGAUAGUGAUAAGGGAAUGCAAUUUGUUCUAAAUGGAUGCAAGAAUCUAAAGAAGCUGGAGAUACGGGAUAGCCCCUUUGGUGAUGUUGCACUUCUAACGGACAUAGGGAAGUAUGAAACAAUGCGAUCACUUUGGAUGUCGUCCUGUGAAGUUACUCUUGGAGGCUGCAAGACUCUUGGGAAGAAGAUGCCGAGACUCAAUGUAGAGAUCAUAAAUGAAUAUAAUCAGAUGAAACAGAGCUCCAAUGAGAGUCAGAGAGUGGAGAAGAUGUAUGUGUAUCGAACCUUGGAUGGACCUAGGCAGGAUGCACCCGGUUUUGUCUGGACUUUAUAAAUAUUAUUCAUUUGGUAUCUGUAGUAGCUACUGACAUCUAUAAUCUUCCUAGUGUAGUUGUUUUCUUAGUUGUACCCUAUGUAGAUAUUAAUGAUUUGAUGAUUUUUGAGAAACUCAA